CGACCAGCCUUCUACCAGACGGGAUGCAUGUUUAUGAUCUGCGGCAUCCGCCUGAUUAUGGGAGGAUACCGGAUCCUGAAGAUAUUUUUGGGAGUUUGGAGGUUGAUCCGGAUGGGGGGUUUACGGGUGGUGAUGGUGGGUAUCAGGAGAGUGGGACGUAUAGAUUGUGUACCAGGGAUGGGAUUUGUGUGUUGAGUGGGUUUCUGAGGGAGAGGUUGGUUGAGGCUUUGAGGGCGGAGGAGGCGAAGGGGCGGUGA